AUGUGUGUAGUUGUUUUUAUUACAGGAUCACCUUUUAACACAAAAACUAAAUGUAGUUUUAAUUUAGCCAAGAAAAUAGAAUGGUAUAAAGCAGACUGGGAAUAGAUAAACUUUAUGUAACGUUAUGUCAUGAGAUUCCCAGAAGAACCACAUAUCCCUAGUGGCGCCUCCCGCUCGGCAGCCUGUGAGUUAGAACCACGUUUUAAUUGUGCUUCCAGUGGCAACCUGUGUCGGUAGCAAAGACGCUGUACAUUUUCUCAUUGUGGGACAAAAGGGACAAAACUAUUAUUAUUAUUAAUAUUAUUAUUAUUAUCAUUAUUAUCAUCAUUGUUGUUGCUGUUGUUGUUAUUAUCCACUUCAUCUUCUUUACACACUUUGGGACAUCUGUUUCUGUGGUUUAAUCCACACAUGGUCUGUCCUCAUUCAUGUCCUACGCCAGCAUUUUCCAAACUUUUUUGGCCAUACAUCCCCUUCUAUAUCCCAGUCGAGUUGACACUACUUGACCCAUUUCAACAACACGCAACAUUCCAAACCCCCUAUCACUUUGUUCAUCUUUUGCACACCCUUGUGGCAGCUCAUGCACCCCCGGGGGUGCUCACACUACACUUUGGGAAUCCCUGUCCUACAACAUUCUAAUAUUUCUCUCCCACUCUUAUGAAUCAGCAGCUGAGAGUAGUCUUACCCUGUAGCUGCUCUGUGUGGAAGUAGGAGGUUAAAAGCUCUCAGACAAAUAAUCCCUGUCGACCAAUGAUUGCCCUGUAUUUUUAAUGCCUUAUCUCUCUGUUCACUGCAUUGCAUAAUCUUUGCCACGGCCUCUACCAACAGUGGGAUGACAGUGUCACUGUGGCCGGUUUGAUGCAUGCAGUCCUACAGAGAGAAGAUCCAAAACGCCAACACUGUCAUCAUAAUCUGAGCAUGCACACAAACACUGACAAACGGUGGUUAUUAUUAUCUGCGCUCCACUAAGAGGAUUGCUUCCUGCACUCUCAGCCUCCUCUUCACAUUGCUUUAAAUGGAGCUUCCAUUGCCUCCCUCUGCCUCCCACAGCUUUAAGGGGAGAGAAGAGGAGGUGAGAGGAAGGGUGGAAAACAGAAAGUGCUGAUAACCAAAGACAGGUCGGUAGAGGAGGGGAGCGCUGCACUCUGCUGUCGUCUCAGGAUCUGGUCAGCAGUGCAGCGGGUGUGUGUGUGUCACAAGUGACAGCAGGCACUGCCUGCUGCUGCUGCUGCUGUCAGCUCUGCUGCUGCCGCUGCUUCUACUGAAGGGAUAACUAGAAGUAAAACCAAAGAGGACACUAAACAGGAAGCUGCAGCCAUGACCAGUCAACAGGAUUCAGGCUUCUUUGAAAUCAGCAUCAAAUCUUUACUGAAAUCCUGGAGUGGCACGUUACCUGUGGGGAACGGAUAUAACGGAAACAAACCCCCGAUCCAUCCAGUCAGCUGGCCCCAGGAAGAGAAGAAACCCCAAACAAUGAUGCCUAUCAGCAUCGACCCGGAGAGUAAACCGGGCGAGUACGUCCUCAAAAGCUUGUUUGCUAAUUUCACCACCACCUCUGAACACAAGAUCUGCAUCAUCAUGGCUGAGCCUCUGGAAAAACCUUUAACAAAGUCACUACAGAGAGGAGAAGAUCCUCAGUUUGACCAAUUGAUAAGCACCAUGAGCUCUUUGGCUGAGUACUGUCUACCCUCCAUCCUGCGCACCUUGUUUGACUGGUACAGAAGACAAAACGGGCUGGAGGAGGAGCUGCACGAGUACCGUCCCCGAGCCAGCACCAAGUCCAAAACUGAUGAACAGCAAAAAGAUUAUCUACUUGAAAGGAGAGAUUUAGCCAUUGACUUCAUUUUUUCCCUUGUACUAAUAGAAGUUUUGAAGCAGAUGCCGCUCCAUCCAGUCCUGGACAGUUUGGUUAAUGACAUCAUUAACCUUGCCUUUAAGCACUUUAAAUACAAAGAGAGGUAUCAUGGUCCUAACACGGGCAACAUGAAUACUGUAGCAGACCUCUAUGCUGAAGUAAUAGGAGUAUUAGCACAGUCCAAGUUUCCUGCUGUGAAGAAAAAGUUCAUGUCUGAGCUUAAAGAACUGCGGCAGAAAGAGCAGAGUCCAUUUGUAGUCCAGUCCACCAUCAGCCUCAUCAUGGGAGUCAAGUUCUUCAGAGUUAAGAUGUACCCGGUUGAGGACUUUGAAGCUUCCUUUCUGUUCAUGCAGGAAUGUGCUCAGUAUUUCCUGGAAGUCAAGGACAAGGACAUUAAACACGCUUUGGCCGGUCUCUUUGUCGAAAUUUUGGUUCCUGUCGCAGCAGCUGUAAAGAAUGAGGUGAAUGUGCCCUGCCUGAGGAACUUUGUGGACACCCUGUAUGACACAAGCCUGGACUUGUCCUCAAGAAAAAAACACUCACUGGCUUUCUAUCCACUGGUGACCUGUUUGCUGUGUGUUAGCCAGAAACAGUUCUUCCUCAACAGAUGGCACAUCUUCCUUAACAACUGCCUCUCAAAUCUAAAGAGUCGGGAUCCUAAAAUGGCUCGUGUUGCACUGGAGUCCCUGUAUCGACUGCUGUGGGUCUACAUGAUCAGGAUAAAGUGUGAGAGCAACACCGCAACACAAGGUCGCCUCAACACCAUUAUAACAACGCUUUUCCCCAAAGGAUCCCGUAGUGUCGUACCAAGAGACAUGCCUCUCAAUAUCUUUGUCAAAAUCAUUCAGUUUAUAGCACAGGAAAGACUUGACUUCGCCAUGAAAGAAAUUAUAUUUGACCUUCUUUGUGUUGGAAAGUUAUCCAAAGCAUUUAGUCUUAAUCCAGAGAGAAUGAAUAUUGGUUUAAGAGCAUUCCUGGUCAUUGCUGACAAGCUGCAGCAGAAAGACGGAGACCCGCCAAUGCCAAACACUGGUUGCACUUUGCCCUCUGGAAACACACUUAGAGCCAAAAAGACGUAUCUAAGUAAAACACUGACAGAUGAGGAGGCCAAAGAUAUUGGGAUGUCACAGUAUUAUAACAAUGUCAGAAAGGCUGCUGACAACAUCCUCAGACAUCUGGACAAGGACGUGGGACGCUGCAUGAUGAUGACAAACACUCAGAUGCUAAACAAGGAGCCUGAGGACAUGAUCACGGGUGAAAGGAAGCCCAAGAUUGACCUGUUCAGGACCUGUGUUGCAGCCAUUCCUCGUGUCCUGCCUGAUGGGAUGUCGAAGCCAGACCUGAUCGACCUGCUUUCUCGAUUAACAAUUCACAUGGAUGAUGAGCUGCGACUCAUAGCCCAGAAUUCUCUGCAAAGUCUGCUGGUGGAUUUCGCCAAUUGGCGUGACGACGUCCUGUUCGGAUUCACUAAUUUCCUUUUACACGAAGUGCAUGACACUCACUGGGAAUUGUUGGAUACCUCGCUUAAAUUACUGCUGCAACUGCUCACUCAGUGGAAACUUACCCAGACUGCCCGAGGGAAGAGCUAUGACACCGCUAAGAUACACAACGCCGAGACCAGCUCACACCCCAAAGUACCUGCGGAGCGAGGUCCUCACUCCACUGUGCUCCACGCUGUAGAGGGACUGGCUCUGGUCCUGCUCUGCUCCUGUCAGCUCAGCACCCGCAAACUUGCCAUUGCUCUGCUUAAAGAGAUACGAAGCCUCUUUGUGACCGUUGGACAGACUGAGGAUGAUGAAAAACCAAUGAUAGACGUCAUGGAUCAGCUCAGUCCUGUAAUCAUGGACAGUUUUGUCAACAUUGCAGUGUCUGAUACAGCUGCACUGCCAUCUGGCCUCCAUGUUGACCUGCAGUGGCUCGUGGAAUGGAACGCCAUCCUGGUCAACAGCCAUAAUGACAUCAGGAGCCCCUCACAUGUGUGGAUCUUUGCCCAGUCAGCGAAGGACCCGUGGGUGCUGUGUCUGUACAGCCUUCUUCGACAGGAUCACCUGCCUAAACAUUGUCCAACAGCCCUGAGCUUUGCUUGGCCUUACGCCUUCACACGGAUGCAGGCGCUUAUGCCUUUGAUAGACCCGAAUAACCCCGUGUAUGCAAAGAAGACCAGCACCUCAGGCAGUGGAGACAGCUACGUCAACUUGUGGAGGAACUACUUGAUCCUGUGCUUCGGUUUGGCUAAGCCCAGUAUCAUGAGCCCAGGCCACCUGAGAGCAUCGACACCAGAGAUCCCCGGGCCUGCUGUGUGUGACACUAGUGUCAGCUACGACAACAAGGUUGUCGGGAGCCCAUCUGUGUCCUGGCUUCUAAAGCAGUUGGUUCCACUGAUGAGGGCAGAGAGCAUGGAGUUGGGGGAAUCAUUAGUGCUGGGCUUUGGUCGAGCCAAUGCCCUGGUGUUUAGGGAACUUGUGGAGGAGCUCCGUCCUCUGAUGAAAGAGGCCCUUGACAGAAGGCCUGAGAACAAAAAGCGCAGAGAGCGGCGGGAUUUGCUCCGACUGCAGUUGCUGCGAAUCUUUGAGCUGUUGGCUGAUGCAGGUGUUGUCAGUGACAGUACAAACGGAGCCCUUGAACGUGACACCCUUGCUCUGGGUGCAUUGUUCCUGGAGUAUGUGGAUCAAACCCGGAUGCUUUUGGAAGCAGAGAAUGACAAAGAUGCUGAGAUCCUCAAGGACAUCCGAGCUCACUUCAGCGCCACAGUGGCUAACCUCAUUCAGUGUGUGCCAGUGCACCACAGGCGCUUCCUGUUUCCACAACAGAGCCUGCGACAUCAUCUCUUUAUCCUCUUCAGUCAAUGGGCCGGUCCAUUCAGCAUCAUGUUCACCCCUUUAGACCGGUACACUGCCAAAAAUCAGCAGAUCACCAGAUACCAGUACUGUGCCCUGAAGGCCAUGUCUGCUGUACUGUGCUGCGGACCUGUGUUUGAUAACACCGGCCUCUCUCCAGACGGAUACCUCUACAAAUGGCUUGAUAAUAUACUGGCCUGCCAGGAUCAGCGGGUCCACCUGCUUGGCUGUGAAGUCGUGAUUUUGCUCUUGGAACUCAAUCCUGACCAGAACAACCUGUUGAAGUGGGCUGUGGAUCGCUGCUACACAGGAUCUUACCAGCUCGCCUCAGGAUGCUUCAAAGCCAUUGCUACAGUCUGUAGCGGCAGAAACUCACAGAGUGACAUUGUGACUCUGCUCAGUCUGGUGCUCUUCAAAGCCUCAGACAGCAACAGAGACAUUUACGAGAUUUCCAUGCAGCUAAUGCAGAUCCUUGAAGCUAGAUUGCUGCUGUACUGUAAGGAGAUCACUGAGCAAAAGCCAAACAGUAUCUUACACGGCACCCAUGGUCCUCUGCCCCCCCUCUACACUGUCUCUCUGCCUCAGUUGUCGAGCCAGCUGGCUCGGAUGUACCCUGAACUCACACUUCCUCUCUUUUCAGAGGUUAGCCAAAGGUUUCCCACAACUCACCCCAAUGGGAGGCAAAUAAUGCUAACCUUUCUGCUUCCGUGGCUCAGUAACAUUGAGCUUGUGGAUGCUGGCCUGCUGCUUCCAGUUUUUACACCAUACGUUCUAUCAGAUCAGGAGGCGUCCAGUCAAAUGUCAAGCCUCGAGGCAACUCACCAGCUAAAAGGCAAUGGUUGGGGCUCCCUUCAGGCCACAACCUUGGUCCUCAAUAACCUGAUGUUCAUGACUGCCAAGUAUGGAGAUGAACUGCCUGGAUCUGAAAUGGAAAACGUCUGGAAUGCAUUAGUGAGCAACGAAAAGUGGAGCAACAAUCUGAGAACAACUCUACAAUUUCUCAUCAGCUUAUGUGGUGUCAGUAGUGACACCACUCUGCUGCCAUAUAUCAAGAAAGUGGUAAUCUAUCUGUGUCGGAAUAACGCAACACAAACCAUGGAGGAGUUGAUUUUUGAGCUGCAGCAGACUGAUCCGGUCAACCCUGUGGUGCAGCACUGUGAUAGCACUCCUUUCUACAAGUUUACAGCCACAAGCAAAGCUGGAGCAACAAUAGGCACCUCAACAAGCAGCAGUACAGUGGUUGUGGGUCAGGAGAGCUUUCCAGACACCGAUGACACCAAAACGGUUAAGGAUAAUGAGGAGAGGCUUAGCCACAAAAUGCUAGCACACCACUCCCUGGAGUCACGCUUCAGCACCAGCUCGACAGGCUCCUACGACGGCGAAAAGAGCGAACCCUUACCUCCAUAUGUUGACUGGCUAACGGUUGUUGCUGAGACCAACCAACCUCAUCCACUACCAAUGCCUGUGAAUGGAGGAUACUGGGCUCCUCUGGUGGACUUCCUGCCAGAGACCAUCACUCCUAGAGGACCACUACACAGGUGUAAUGUGGCAGUGAUCUUCAUGACAGAGAUGGUAGUGGACCACAGUGUUAGAGAAGACUGGGCAGUCCACCUGCCUUUGCUGCUACAUGCCUUAUUUUUGGGAAUGGAUCACUACCGGCCAGAGGUUUAUGAACACGGCAAACGUCUCCUUCUCCACCUGCUCAUCACACUGUCCUGCAAUAACAACCUGAAGGCCAUCGCCUCCGUCCUACUGCAGACUCAUAAUAUCAACGACAUCAAGACCCUUACCUGCAAACAGAGCAUUCAGCUGGACUUUUUACCCAACGGAGGUUUUGAUUUCCUGCCCGAGUGUCAUUCAUCUAAUUUCCCAGACUCAGGUCUGAGCUCUUCUCUGACAUUGUCCAGUCUGAGCCUCAUUGGCAGCAGCAGCAGCAGCAACCUGUCUGAGAUCUCACAGGAGGUGGAGAUGCUUGUUGCCUCGAGUAAAAUGGAUGAAAAGACAUACAAACUCAUUGAGUUUUUAUCAACAAGAGCAAAUGGGCCACUGUGGUGCCAUGAAGACAUUUCACCAAAGAACCACAUUCCAAAGAGCACUGUCCAGCUGACAAACUUUCUCCAGUAUGUGGUAUCAGUGUUCAAAGACACUAAGUCAGGUUUCUACCUGGAGCAGCAGCUCAGCGGCGUGGCUCUGCAGACAGCUCUGUGCAGCUCAUCACGUCACUACGCUGGCCGUUCUUUCCAGAUAUUCAGAGCCCUGCAGCAGCCGAUCUCUGCCCGAGCUGUGUCUGACCUGCUGUCCAGGCUGGUGGAGGUAGUUGGUGAAAAUGGAGAAGAAGUACAGGGCUACGUGAUGGAAGUAUUACACACACUGGAAUCCGUGGUGGACAAUCUGGCUGAAUGUUUAAAAAACAGCGACCUCAUGGCUACCUUGUCAAGGGCAUCAUCUCCAGAUUUCCUGACUAGCUUUAACCUGCUGUCCAACAGAAAAAGUGCAGGGCAGAUUUGUCUUAGAAGGAAUGACAAAAACAGACAUCAGAGGAGCUCUUCUGUGCCCAAGAAGUUUGGAGGUGCCUCACGGUGGUCCGAUCCCCCUCGCAGUGCUACACUGGAGUGCAUUCAGGCCUGUGAGCAGCAGAUUUCAUCGGCCAAGACCUGCAGCUUGUCCUCAUCCAAAGAAGGUGUCACAGACCCUAACAACAUCAACCACCCGAGCAAUCUGCUCGCCACCAUCUUCUGGGUGGCGGUGUCGCUGAUGGAGUCGGACUUUGAGUUUGAGUAUCAGAUGUCUCUGAGGCUCUUGAACAAACUGCUGAGCAACAUGUCACUGGACAAAGAGGAGAACAGGGAGAAGCUUGAGAAGGUGCAGAGUCACCUGAAAUGGAGCAGCUUCAGUGGACUCCAGCAGCUGCUCCUCAAAGGCUUCACUUCCAUGUCCACCACUGACAUCACACUGCAGCUCUUUAGCCAACUGACGCCUGUGUCACAAGAACUUGUAGUGGACACAUCACAGGCCAUAGGGUUUCCUUUGAAUGUCCUUUGCCUUCUACCUCAUCUGGUACAAAACUUUGACAACCCCACACAGUUCUGCCAAGAUGUUGCUGAGAGGAUUGCUCAGGUUUGCCUGGAAGAGAAGAACACCAAGCUCUCCAACCUCGCCCACGUCAUGACUCUGUAUAAAACCCACUCGUACACACGGGACUGCUUCUCCUGGGUCAACGUCGUGUGCCGAUAUCUGCACGAGGCCUUCUCAGAGAUCACCCUCAGCCUGGUCACCUACAUGGCAGAGCUGUUGGAGAAAGGUCUGCCCAAUAUGCAGCCAACCCUUCUACAAAUCAUCUACAGCCUUCUGAGUCACAUGGACCUGUGCGGAGUUCAGGCCAAACCCUUCAACAUUGAGGUUGUCAAGACGAUUGAGAAGUUUGUCCAGACGGUACAUUGGAGGAAAGCACUUAAUAUCCUGAGGUUGGUGGUUUCUCGAUCGGCCAGUUUGGUUCAACCUUCAUCGCCGCAUAGUGACCUCUGCUACGAGGACAUCAGCCGAGCCUGGGACCGCUCCUCUAAGGCCUUGCCUGGGAAAACUCUGGAUUUCCACUUUGACAUAUCAGAGACACCUGUGAUCGGCCGCCGUUACAAUGUUCUCCAGCACUCCACAAGUCCAGAUGUGAAGAGCAGGAGCAGCACCGUGUCACGCAGCACCUCCUCCACCUCCUCUGGAUCUUCAAUCAGCAACGUCCUGGUGCCAGUCAGUUGGAAGAGGCCUCAGUCCUCGCAGAAAAGAACACGAGAGAAGUUGGUAAAUGUCUUGUCUUUGUGUGGACAGGAAGUGGGGCUCAAGAAAAAUCCUUCAGUGAUAUUCUCCAGUUGUGGUGAGCUGGACCUAAUGGAGCACCAGCCCAGUUUGGUGUCUUCUGAUGAUAGGAUACAGGGGCCAGACAGCACUGACGACACAACCUCAGAGCAGCAGUUCAGAGUCUUUAGAGAUUUUGACUUCUUGGAUGUGGAGCUGGAAGAUGGAGAGGGAGAGACAAUGGACAACUUCAACUGGGGUGUGCGAAGACGCUCCAUGGACAGUCUGGACCGAAGUGACCAGCUGCCUCUAGGGGAGAGUAAGCUGUCGAGCAGCAUGCCCAGCCUCAUCAGGAUCGCCCACGAAGAGUCAGAUGAUUCAUCAGAGGACGAUCCCCUCACUGUCAGCCAGAUACUGUCCCAAUCACAGCUUAUUGUGAGCCUCUCUCCAACUGCAGAAAGCAGUAGCCUGGACUCUCCCUCUGCCAUUUUUGACUCAAGUCCAGCUGACCCCAUCCCUUUGAACUCCAAAAAACCUAGUUUCGAGGUCCAACUGCCAGAGGACUCGAAGCCGCGGCCUGAGGUCUCACGUGAAGAAGAAAGUUCCAACGAAGAUGAACUCUUUGGUGCCAUUACUGAGCCUCCCCCUGAAUUUCUCUGUGUUGACCAUUCGACCACUGCAGUGGUUGACAACGAUUUCAGGGCAGAACAGGAUUUGGACAGCUGUCUACCAAGGUUUGGAGAGGAGGAGAACAACGAGCUGCAGGAGUGUCGCUCUUCUCCCCCUCCGUUGCCCUUCUUCUCUGCCAUCCUCGCUGCCUUCCAACCUGCAGUGUGCGAUGAUGCUGAGGAGGCCUGGAGAAGUCACGUCAGCCAGCUGGUGGCAGACUCCGAUGGAUCGUGUGCAGUCUACACCUUUCAUGUCUUCUCUUCACUUUUUCAGAGUAUCCAGACCAAGUUCUGUUCUUUGACGUGCGAUGCUGUUAGUUACCUUGAUGAUGGACUGAGAGGAUUAGGAACCAAGUUCUUAAAGUCCUCUCAGAUGCUGACUUCCUGUUCUGAGUGUCCAACCCUAUUUAUUGAUGGCAAUACAAUAAUGUCUUAUGGGCUCUUGGAAAAAAUGAAAUUCAGCGUAUUAGAACUUCAAGAGUAUCUUGACACAUACAACCAAAAAAAGGAGGCUGCAGUCACCUGGCUGAACAACUGUAAAGCCACCUUUCCCAGGACCACAGCCGGCCCAGUUAUCACGUUGCCAGUGGAACAUGAGGAAAAGCAACUGGAGCUCUGUCAAAGACUGUACAAACUCCACUUCCAGCUUCUGCUGCUUUUUCAGUCCUACUGUAAGCUGAUAGAACAGGUCCAUGCAAUAAGUUCUAUUCCCGAGCUGACAAAUAUGUCCAGUGAGCUGAAUGUCAUGAGGAGCCACUUGAGGGUAGCAGCAUCCUCAGUUACAAAUACCCCAGAGUGUUCCUGCUCUGAGCCCACGUUUAGCUCCUCUGAGGCGGCCGUGCAAGCCAUUCUGGAGAGUCUGAAAAACAAUGAGUUUCAGACGACUGUGCGCUACAUUCGUGAGUGCAGAACAAUGUGGCCUAAAGACAUCUUUGGCAGUCAGUCAGAGGAUGAGAUCCAGACCUUACUGAAUAUCUACUUCAGACACCAAACACUGGGUCAAACAGGAACAUUUGCUCUGGUGGGCUCACAGCAAGACCUAACUGAAAUCUCUGUCAAGCUGAUGGAACUAAACGGAGAAAUGCGUGACAUGAUAAGAAAAGCCCAGGGCUAUCGAGCCAUCACCGCUUUCCUGCCAGACUCCAGAGUGUCCGGAUCAACUUUAUAAUUUGGCAGUGUGUCCACCAAUGUCCUGCACAGCUGCCACUCCAGAGUCCUGUCUGAUGCUUUUGAAAAACCAGCACUCUUCCUCAGUUGCAGAAGUGACUUUGCUGUUGUUGAUCUUUUUUGCACUAAAAGCCAUUUUCAGACCAAUCUGUGAGAGUUAAAAAAGACCAAUGUGCUUACACUGAUCAGGUUUUCAGGCUUCUAAUAAUAAUACGUAUUUUCAAAAGGCUGUUACUGAGUACUGAGGUCUAUGACUUUCACUUUUUAGACAGAGCAAAGCUAAGUCUUUGUCAGUCAGCUAUUUUGUUUUACUUGUUUUGGGAAAAUGUGCAAUGCAAUUCAUUAUAAUCCUUACUGUGUCCUGAAUGUAGUGUUGUUUUUCAUGUAGUUUUAAAUCAAAGCACAAAGAAAUGAUAUCAUUAGUGAAGCGAGGCUGGUAUACCGUAUACUUGGUUUAAGUAGUGAGAGUUUGCGUGUGAGCGUGAUGAUGAUGUUGUGUGUUUUUGUGUGGGUGUCUGAGUGUGUGGGUUUAAGCGUGAUAAACAUCUCCUACCAUAACACACAAACUGAUUUUUAUUUUUUUGGUAAAACCUACAUGCUGCAUAUCUACUGUAAUGUUAAUCAAGCCUACAUUCUUCUGUGUAGGUCACAUAUCUUAACAAUAUCUUACUGUACCUUCAAACUGUGCAGCUUUUUUGGUAAUAAGGUCACUUAUUUAUAUGAUUUGCAGGUAAAAAUGUGCUUUUUAUCAGAUAAAGAAAAUAUUUUUGUUGGAUGUUUGCCAAUCAUGGAAAUUCUUAAUGUACUAUGUAUAAGGUAAUACAUAUGUUCACCAACAUAAAUACAAAAACUAUUUUAAAUUAAUAACUGUAUAUAGUGCAACCGGGGCUUUGCUUUGACAUAUAAGAUUGUUUUUUUUUUUUUUUUUUGGAA